AUGAGAACCACGAUCGCCCUGACGAUGAUGCUGCUCUGCACCCUCUACGAGAUCGACGCCCGAUGGCCCCCGGAAGACCAGGACACAAGGAUAGACCCCCAAUGGACCCCAGAAGACCAAGGAAACGAUGAGUAUUUGACCUCAGACACUAGACACGACCGAACCCUGACAAACCCCCGACGACGCACUUGGCGCAGCUCCCCACCAGCAAAUAGCUACAACUCCCACCCCUGGAAUAACCCCCGAAAACUCUACCAAAAUGACGAACUCCCUCUACCCCCGACAAACCAACUAAGAACUCGGCGGCGGGCUCAGACCCAAAGAGGCCUGCAGCGACGGCCCCGAACCGAGACACAGCCAAAACACCCACGCCGCCUCCCUCGCAGGGAAAGAGACCAACUCCCACGGCCCCUAAACAAUCCCCAACGCCCCCACAGGCGACAGACAAUGUUGACAAUCACUCGCCCAAACACGCGGAACGACAACAGACAGCCCCGAAAAGUCGGCAGACGCCCCCUGCCACAGACAAACACCCAACGCCGCACCUGGCGCACCUCCCCACCAGCAAAUAGCUACAAAUCCCACCCUUGGAACAACCCCCGAAAACUCUACCAAAAUGACGAACUCCCUCUGCCCCCGACAAACCAGCUAAGAACUCGGCGACGGGCUCAGACCCAACGAGGCCUGCAGCGACGGUCGCGAACCGAGGCAAAGCCCAAACUCCCACGCCGCCUCCCUCGCAGGGAAAGAGACCAACCCCCACGGCCCCUAAACAAUCCCCAACGCCCCCACAGGCGACAGACAAUGCUGACAAUCACUCGCCCAAACACCCAGACCGAUAACCGACAGCCCCGAAAAGUCGGCAGACGCCCCCUGCCACAGACAAACACCCAACGCCGCACCUGGCGCACCUCCCCACCAGCAAAUAGCUACAAAUCCCACCCUUGGAACAACCCCCGAAAGCUCUACCAAAAUGACGAACUCCCUCUGCCCCCGACAAACCAGCUAAGAACUUGGCGACGGGCUCAGACACAACGAGGCCUGCAGCGACGCCCCCGAACCGAGACACAGCCCAAACUCCCACUCCGCCUCCCUCGCAGGGAAAGAGACCAACCCCCACGGCCCCUAAACAAUCCCCAACGCCCCCGCAGGCGACAGUCGAUGACAAUUACUCGCCCAAAGACCUGGAACAAUCCCCGACAGCCUCGAAAAGUCGGCAAACGCCCCCUGCCCCCAACACACUACCGCCGCCACCAGCGGCAACAGACUGAGCCCCAAAAAGGCUGGCAACGAAAACAACUCUCUCAAAAACGAAUCACGCGCCCAAAGACCUGGAAGCCCAGAGGUCGCCACCAACCUCUGGGGACGACCAAGCCCCCACAGCCACAGCCCCUCACCAAAAAUCCUGAAACCAAAACGAAACUCCCGCCCCAACCCACCACCGAGCCUCCCCAAACCCAACAACAAGCACCCCCCACAAUCCUCGAACGCCUUCAAACCCUGAGGAAUAAGCUUCGCCUCCACAACCAGGCCACCAUUAUCCACACUGAACUUUAA